AUGACACCCACUGGAUUCACGCAUGGGCUUGCGACUUGUACUUUGAUGCGCAAGAGGCAUCACGGGAAACUGGAGAAAGUCAUCGCCCAGUUUGAUAGAAGGACUUGGAUGACAUGCUCCACAGCCCCCUUGACGCGCCGCCUUGUCUAUUCCAAUAGCGCAGAGCCUCUUUCAAAAGGUCAAGUCUGUUGGCUUAUCCAAGCCCAAGUCGGGGUGAUACUUGGAACGACUACUCCGUACCUCGCCCGUGUUUUAUCCUACAGUUGCCUAUUGGACACCCGAGCGGUUGGAUCGUCCAACCAAAGACGCAAAAGCCCAUCUCGCCCUGUCGUUGGCUGGCGUUCAUUUGCUCAAGUACGGAGUACAAAACGAGUCCAUUUUCGCACAGACCUUGUCUCACCGCAACAUGAUGGUAGUGAGCAACAGCGGGCUAUUCCAAUCGUCAGCCCGCGUCCACCCUCCAUCUCGCAUCAAGAGAAGAGCCUCCAAGUGCGAUCUCGCAGUAGCACCAGACGGCACAUCAGCCAGCCAGUCACCAUGAAUUUCCACCAAACCCUCGACGCGCCGCCAGACCUAGACCCCUUGCCAGUUGCUCAAUGUUCCAUGUCCGUGUUCAAUGUUCCCCUCACUUACCAAGGUACUCAGCCAGCCCAGCCCAGACAAGCCAUACCGCAAGUGUCCAUGUCUGGUUGA